AGUAAACACGUCCGUAGGCGCUCACCUAACUGAGAAGGCUUUUCUGGGUCAGGGAACGUAGUAUAACAUGAAAUUAGUUUGUGUUGACACCUUUCUUUGUUGUUAUUAUUGCUGUUAUUAUUAUCUUCUGCUUGUUGCCACGUCUCGCCAGGGUUCUUUGCACCAGUACUCUUUUCUUCAUUGAACUGCAGUAGCGGCGGUAUUACAGGGGGGGGGGAGAGCGUUACCACGACGCACUUCCUUUGAGCGGCUUUGCGUCUACUUCGUGAGACUUUAUUUUUGUUUUCCUCUUCGCUUUUUACUUUUCCCUCCCAUCAAUUCGAGGAACGAAACACAAAAUAUAUACAUACGUAGAUUAUUACGCACCUACGCGGCCUCAUACAACGACGUAGCAGUGAAAGAAGAUGCGCACAUCAGUGAUGCUGUGCGCCGCCUUGGGCGGUUUUCUUUUUGGCUACGACACCAGCGUGAUCAACGCCGCACUCUUCCAAAUGAAGGACCACUUCGGCUUUGACGAGCAUUCCUGGCAGUACGCCUUGAUUGUGGCCAUCGCCAUUGCCGGUGCCUUCGUCGGCGCCUUCGCCUCCGGCUUCAUCUCUGCCGCCUUUGGACGCCGCCCGUGCAUCGGGGUGGCGGACGUGUUCUUCAUCAUCGGCUCCGUGCUGAUGGCCGCCGCGCCGAAUGUGGCGGUGGUGCUCGUGGCGCGUGUCAUCGUGGGUCUCGCGAUCGGUAUUAGCUCCGCCACGAUUCCGGUGUACCUGGCGGAGGUUACCGCGCCCCAGAACCGCGGUGCCACCAUCGUGCUGAACACGCUGUUUCUGACCGGUGCCCAGCUCGUUGCCUCCGGCUUCACCGCCGCUAUGGUGAUCUACACCGACAAGAACGUCGGCUGGCGCGUCGCCAUCGGCGUCGGUGCGGUACCGGCCAUCGUGCAGCUCUUCUGUAUCCUCUUCUUUCUGCCGGAGAGCCCGCGGUGGCUGCUGGCGCGUGGCAGCCCGGACGAGGCGAAGAACGUUGCGGACCGCUUCGACGUUGACUUGUGCGAGUGGCAGGAGGGAGAUGAAAUCCCCACCGUCAGCAUCGACUACCGCCCCCUCCUCGCGCGCGACAUGCGCUUCCGCGUGGUGCUGAGCUGCGCCCUGCAGAUCAUCCAACAGUUCUCUGGCAUCAACACCAUCAUGUACUACAGCUCCGUCAUCUUGUACGACGCGGGCUUCCGUGAUGCGAAGAUGCCGGUGAUUCUGUCGAUCCCGCUGGCCGCCAUGAACGCCAUCUUCACCGUUGUGGCCAUCUUCACGAUUGACCGCUUUGGCCGUCGCGCGAUGCUGCUGCUGUCCGUCUUCGGCUGCUUCGUGCUGCUGCUGAUCAUCGCGAUCAUUGGCUACUUCCUCGGCAAUAAGAUCCCCUACAACGUGGGUGGCUGGCUCUUCCUGGCGCUGUUAGCCGUUUUCUUGGCCUUCUACGCCCCCGGCAUCGGCUGCAUUCCAUGGGUGGUCAUGGGGGAGAUCUUCCCGACACACCUGCGCACGUCGGCGGCCUCGGUGGCCACCAUGGCGAACUGGGCCUCGAACGUGCUCGUGUCGCAGGUGUUCCCGAUUCUCAUGGGCGCCAUCGGCGUUGGCGGCACCUUCACGCUGAUUGCCGGCCUCAUGGCCUUUGGCUGCGUCUUUGUGUAUUUCUUCGCCGUCGAGACGAAGGGGCUGACGCUGGAGCAGAUCGACAACAUGUUCCGCAAGCGCGCUGGCCUGCCGCCACGCAUCCAUGAGGCGGCGGGGGAGGGUAGCAGCGGCGCCCGCUACCGCAAGGGCGAUCUGGACCUGCUCGGCCACGACGACGAUGAGGAUGACUUGUCCUCAGGUAAUCAGAUAGACGACAUUGUGGCGCAGAAGAAAACGAACGCUGCGGCGACGGCGGACCGCGAGAUCGUCACCGGCGGCAACGGCGACGCGAAGUUGUCUUCCACGGCGGAACCGAAAUCGCUGCCGCGCGAGAUGAUGCCCACGACGACGGAGGCGGCAGCUGCAGAGACGAAGUCACAGCAGAAAGAAGAGACAACGGAAGCGACGAAGUCGGCGGAGUAGCUUGCAGUGCCUCCUUUAAAUGGUCCUGCCUUCUACAACCCUGAAAAGUUAAGCCUCAUCUUCCCGCAUCACCUUUCGUACUGAUUCUCCAGCUUAAUCGUGCGCGCGUGUGUCUGUAUCUCGUGAAGGGGUUGCAUCCUCAUCGUCCUUUUGGGUUUCUUUUUUGCUGUGCUUCUUGGCCCCCCUCCCACAUCGUUAGAGAUCGCUUGAUUUCUAUUCGGUUGUUGAUGGCACUUCGCACCAGUUUUUUUUUGUGCCUUCUCAUGUACGUGUAUUACUGUUCGUAUUUGUGACGCCUAAACAGCAAAAAGCUGCCACGGCAGAGCAUUUCUCUCCCGACCCUGCUCCGUCUUCUUUUGUUUGUUUGGUUUGUUUAUUAUUAUUUUAAAAACACCUUCCCUUUCUCUCUUUAUGGUCUCUUUCCCCUUUUUUUUUUUAGAGUAUCACCUUUGUUCUGUGCGACACUCUUUUCAAAGCCACCCAUCUCGUGCGCUCGCUCUGCGUCGCCUCUUCUCCCGAAUGAGCGCGUAGCUGUCGGUGCGAGGGUGGUUGCAUGCACGCAUGCGCUCUUCUUUCUUCUUUACGCCGUCUUCCUUCUGCCUUUCGUGCGUCUCGCUUUCCCGCAGCCUAUUCCCGCUACAGGUUUUUUGUUUUCUUCUCUCCAAUACGGGAGCGAGGAAACCGCGGAACGAAAGAAAAGGACAUGUGCAGCUUUGCAUAGCCGCCGACCGCUCCUUGUCAUUUUUUCUGCCGCCCAUGACCGCGUUCUUGACAAGGCAAAGUGGUCUUAUCCGGCUAUUGGCACCUUGAUGAAACACUAGUCAUCUUCCGGCUGCUCGGCUCGGUGCGUCGCGAUGUCGAUCAGCAAGCAGAAACCGAAGAACAAAGACAACUAUAAUUAUAGUAAUGAACGAAAGGGAAGUGCCACGCACACAUAUAUUUGCAUCGUCGUUGAUGUCCGUCUCACUAAACUGAGGCAAUGUGCAUCCGUCUUCUCGUUUGCUGCUGUUGUUGUGGUUGGUUCUUUCAGUCUCGCUCUGAUCCUUUAACGUACAUCGCUUGAGGCCCACGAGCAUGCCCCGAUGAGGCAUGUGAGGCUUUUUCUUUUCUUUUUUUUCAUAUAAUUCCCUCUCCACUCCUUUUGCGCUCUCGUUGUUCUGCUUCUGACAGACUGCCUUGGACAACUGCAUCACAGCAAGAAGAACGAGCGCGGAAGGAGGAGGAGGGGGAGGGGAGAGGGAGGGGAACUGCGAGUCGAAGCAGCUCCAAAAGAAUAGAAGAGGGAAGAAACACUGUAUGGUGAGUGUUUCCUUCUAGCUGGCGAAAUGACAAAUCGAUCUCUCUCUCGCUCCAUAUAUAUGUAGGACUUUCAUGAUCUCCACUAAACCAUGCUCGUACCUCAGCACACAACGAAUUGCAGCUGCCCAAUUGGGAUCUUUACUUUAUUUUCAUUAAUGUUGGGUUUGUUUGUUUGCCUAUAAUGUGAAACAAGAAGAAGAAAUACGAAUGCAGAAACGACAAGGUGCUGCGUCUUCUGCGGAAAAAGAAAAAAAACACGUAGAAUGCACGUCGGGCCCUAUGAGACUUGUUAUUUAUUAUUAUUAUUACUAUU